AUGCGGAAAGAAGACGUGAGUAAUUUCCAAAAGGCCGGCCAAUAUUUAAUUUGGCAUUUUCACUUAAUCUCUACGCCUAUCGUUCCUUACGCCCAUAAAUGUUGCCUAGAUAAAAACUUUGCUUCGUGUUGGAAUUGCCGUGGUUAUCUACAAGAACUCUGGCCCUAUGGCCGAGUAGAAAGCCGCAGCCCAGAACACGGAUUUAAAGAACAUAACAAGGCUUACCGCUUUUUUAAAAAUCUUUAUGAUUACGAGGAAAGAGAAACCGUUUUAAUUGGUAGAGGCAAAUUUGAUAAAGAAACCAACCAAAGAUUAAACGGCAACCAGCAUUUAUUCCGUCGUGCCGAUAACACUUAUUUUUACCGGACUAACGAGCAAAACAUUGGCAGCGUCGCCCAGCCUUUACACUUAAAGAAAAAUUUUCGUCUGUCUACUCCGCUCAACCCGGUUAACUUGGCGAAAUUAGCCCGAAAAAACCAAAAGAAAGAAAGCCUAAAUUUGAGUUUCGGCCGAAAGAAAAAGAAAAUUUUUACUUACGAUUUCCAAGAAUUUUUAAUUACUAACUUGUUAGCCUUAUGCCAAAAAGCCGAGUUCAGUAAAGUUCCACUGGAAGCCGAACAAGUCCCCAAAGAAGGCGGGCAAUGUGAUAAAGCACUAGCCAGCCAUUUUCAAACUAAAUCCGUGCUAAAUUUCACUUUCACUCCGGAGAAUGCCGAACUCGCUCAACAAUUUUUUAACCAGUUAGACGACUACGCGGAAGAAUACGAAGCCCCAAGAGGGGGAAAUUUAUUUUUUUCACCCCCUAAAAAAGAAAAAGCCCGAAGUAAAAAUAUGAAAAACACCCCAGAAAAGCCCGAUUUAAAAAAUUUUUCCGAUACGGAAUUACAAGCCGAAUUAUUAAAGCGGAAGCGGGAAAGACGCAUUUUAGAGUAUAGAGAUGUUAUUUAUUCCCGCAUUAUCGAGGAGAUAAGAAAGUAUUACCGAAGAGUGCAAAGUGGCGAUUACCGCUACGACGGAAUGCCCGAAAUUAGUCGCGCAGCAACCCCGACGAUUAUUGAGAUGAACCCGAGUAAAGAAAUCAUGCCCGAAGAAAAAAGACUAAUUUGUUCGCAUUGCGGACGAGAGAUAAAACCUGACUCCGAGGAUUUUUGCGAGAAAUGCGACGGAGAUUUUCAUUCUCAUUGUCUCAAAAAAGCCUAUGACCGAGGCGUGCGAGAGAAAUCUCCGCCCCUAAAACCAAAUCCGGACGAACCUAACCCACCCGAGGAAAAUUUUUCUCCGUCCGUAGUUGCCGAACCAGCCAAAAGACAAACCCCACCCCGCAACGCCCAAGGGCGAUUUAUUAAAAAAGUCGUAGCGGGUUUAGACCCUAAACAUCCCGCAAAAACAACAAAAAAAAUAUGUUAG